GCCAAUUUAGAAAAAUUUUACUUGGCGACAGUGAUAUUCUUUUUAUCCCGUUGCUUUGUUGUGCGUGCCUUUUUAUCCCGUUACUUUUUUGUGAAGUUGCAUAUAACAUGUAAAUGGCACAUGCCACAUUUCAGUUGCUCUUGUGUUGUAUUGCUUGCUGGUUGUGUUCCAAAAAUUAUUAUACGGAUAUUAUAUUCAAAAUGUGCGAUAUUCAUGAGGAAUUCUUGGAAUUAUUAAUGUCUUGGGAGAGACAAAUUGACGACGUUGACGCUUUUUUCGAUAGAUGUGACGCAAAAUAUUUCGGAGAACGCAUAAAAUUUAAAGCCGGUUUGAGGGAGUGGCGAACAAAAAAGGGUAUUCCAUUUAUUUGUGACCAGGAGACACAAACUGCAAACACCAAAGUCUUAGAUUGGCUGAAAAAAAUAUCCAGUGAUUUGGCUUCCGUCAAAUCGGGAGAAUGUAGUAUGCUACCUUGUUCGCCUCAAACGAAGAAUUUCAAUCUACGCGAGCUUUUAAAAACGUCAGUAAAGGGACAACUUGCUUUAAGUUAUCAAGAAAGGCACGGCUACUUGGACAGUAGAAACCAAAAAAAUAUAACACAUUGCAUCGUUGACAACUACAUUGGUUUAGGACGCAAAAUGCAAUACUCAGAUAUGAGGGAAUGGGCGAAUGAAAUUGUUGCGGUAUUUCCUAAAGAAAAGAAGGAAUUUUACUUUUGGGAAAGAAAAAUGGGAAAAAAGAAUCCGAGUGGUAAAUUGUUCUCGCGUUGGGCUAAUGUCAUAAAGCUGGAAAGCAAAGCCAAUUCUGCUACUCAGGAAGCUCAUGAAGAUGUUUUUGACGACAACGUUUUGGAAAAAAAGUGUUGGUUGGCACAUAACUGCACACCUUGGGAAAAAGUUAAAAAGUUUUGGGUAGAUACAUGCACGCUUAGAAAUAAAUGUAAGGGAUCUCUGUCGGAUUUGCUAGCAGACUGGCCGCGCUACAAUGAUUUUAACGGUUACGAAUUGGUUGAUAUUGAUUUUAAUGCCAUGCAUCCAGAUAUUGGAAACGAGCUGUUCUUAAAACUUGACAAGUUUUAUAAAGUAAUCCUUCCUAUCUUAAAUGCGGAAGUAAAAGACCAAGCCAGCCGAGAGUUAAUACUUUCGAAACUCCUUUACAAAGAUUUAUCAAAUGAUUCUAAAUAUUGCAUUGUGUUGUUACUGCUCCACGCGGUUCUUCAACCACAGCGUCACAGUAAAACCCACAAACCAACGAUUGGUGACGCUCAAUCAGAGUUUAUAACACUAGCAACUACACCAAAUGAUAUAUUACCAAAGAUUUCGUCCAAAAUUGAGCAAUACGCGAUUAAAAAACAGCAAUUGCAGCCUCACAUCAUUGCAGUAGGUGAGGACUAUACAAGUAUAUCAGAAUUCUUUAUAUUUUGCGACGGGCUUAAGUGGAAGUGCCCGACUUUAAUGAAAUGCGUCGACUGUAUUAUAAAGUUAAGUUAUGUAUUCCAAAUUGAGUAUUCCCAUAAUAGCAAGCAAGUUUGGGUAUUUUUAGAACAAUACUUUUUUGGGCUUAAGUCUGAAGAUUUUCCUUCAGUUUCAAAUUUACUCAGCAAGUUAGAUAACUAAUUUUUUAUUUUCUUUCUUUUCUUUUUAAUUGUUAAAAAUGUCCAAAUUUGCUUGCUAUUUAUGUCACAAACCCCACUUAACUUCAUAUUUACUUAUAAAUCAUUUAAGAGAAGAUCAUGGGCUUCAGUCCAUAGCAAAAUAUGUUUGCAAUCAAAUAUUUCACAAUGUGUAUAGAUUCCGAAAACACUUAGAAAAGCAUAAAACUGUGAGUUUUUCCUCGGUAAAUCAUGAUUUAGGUCAAUCUUUAGUUUCACAAGAGCCACUUACACAAUUACAGUAUGUGAUUUCUUAAUAAGCGAAAAUAAUAUAAGUAUUGUAGUGAAAAGUCAUAGUUGUCUAAGAUUUUCUGAGAGAUUCCAAUCAUAUUUGGUUGGCAGUGA